CAGCAAUUAAUGCCGGCAGUCUCUCUUCGGAAAAAGAAGCUGGCAAGAAGACCUGGAUACAUGAGGCCAGAAGCUCAGGGACAGAUCGACUUUGAGUCCCUAGGUGCCUGUGCAGGGUUCAGCCCAGCAGAGCUCCAGCAUGGCAAGCACCAGUGUGGAGGCUCUGAGAGCUGUGUUCUGCACAGACAGUGCCAAAAUGACUUGGAAUUCCUGUGCUGUGGUGCAGUGGGUAGUGCUGUAGUUGCUGUUAAUGGGGUAACAACCUUUGCAGCUGCAGGAAAUACUACAGGAUGCUGUGAAAGUCUUUCACGUUGCAAUAGUCCACGGUCAGAGAGCACAGGGAUAGGGGUCUGCCCUGCUGCCCCAACAGGCAAAAGAGAUGCUUCUGCUGUGUGCUGUACAUGGCAGAAAAACUGCAGCACCAAAGUGAGCAAGCCACCAAACAUGUAUGCUUUAGAUCAGACAGAAGUGAAUAACAACUCUGAAUAUCAAAACAGAGAUGCUGCUGGUGCACGUGAUAGCUUUAGUUCAAGUUUCAGCUUCAUACAGCUAUCCCUGAACUUGGCCUCUGGAGUAAAUGAUGUUGAAGGCAGAUCUAUUGAGGAAGCGGAGAUUGUCCUGCAUCCCAAAACCACAGGCAAUCUGCAGAAGCCAGAAGAGAUGGCACAAACUCAUGAGCACUUGGGAGAUUUGUGUUGCUUCUCCAGGACUGGUGAAGAUUUGAGGCAUGAAAAUGAGAGCCCAGUACAUGAUAAAUUACAGGACUGUGAGAUUCCCUCUCUCUCAGAUAUAGAUGCAACAUUUUCAUAUUCUACAGAUUCCUCAGAUGCAGCAUCUGCUGGCUCUUCUGUCACCUCAGGCUAUGAAAGUGGCUUUACUGUCAAUGACCAUAACUGGGAUACUUUGAUGAAAAAAUAUGAACCAGUGCUACAGGAUUGCUUGCUUGGCAACCGCAGUACAUUAAAGUUAAAGUCCUUGAUCUUACGGCUUCAGAGGCUUCAGGAAAAGGCAGUAGAGGAAGACGACUAUGAUAGAGCUGAUAAAUUUAGACGGAAGCUGGAAGAACUGGAGAAGGAGAAAAAUUCUUUAAAAUUUCAGCUUCCUUCAAGGCAUCCCUCAGUUAGCAGCUUUUUGGAUAGGUUCAUGACCCAAGUUCAGGCAACAUUGCACUGGGCUGCUGAUCAGUGGGUUAGGCAUGAAGAAAAUGGUCUUUGUCAUGAAAAAGAGCACAGACUUGUACGAUCAACUUCCCAGGAGAGGAUGCAGGUUUCGGUCACAAAACGAAACCAGCUUUUUCAAGAAAAGAAACGGUUACAGGAAGAAAUUGAAGAUCUCCGAACAAGACUGGCCAUAUUAGAAGGAAAAGAUGAACAGCUGAGAAAAGAAAUUGAAGAACAAGAUAGGCUUAUUCAAUCACAGGACUGUGAACUGGCUGCUUUACUUGGCUGCAUUUCUUUAAGAGAGCUGCAGGAAAUAAGCAAGGCUGUGGAUGACACUUUAACAUCCUCCUAUCGAAUUCCAUUCAGUUUAGAUCCUCCAGGAGCAAUAAAGAGUCUUCAGGAGAAAGAACAAUUGUUCAGGACAUCCAUCAAAGAAACUACUGCCAAAGUUUGCACGAGUCAGAAACUCUGCAAUGCUUUGAGGAGGAAAGUGAGUGAUAUCGAGACUCAACUACCAGCUCUACUUGAAGCCAAAAUGCUGGCUAUUUCAGGAAGUAAUUUUGGCACUGCGAAGGAUCUUGCAGAAGAAAUAAGAUCAUUAACAUCUGAGAAAGAGGGACUGGAGGGACUUCUCAAUGAACUGUUGGUGCUGAGUGCCAGAAAUACGCGAAAACUAGAGAGAAUUAAAGAUGAUUACACCAGACUGAAGCAAGAACUUGAACAAGGAGAGGCUGCCUUUGUGACCAGUGUAAAAGAAAAUGCUGAGAAGUACAUGGAGAUUCUGGAGGAUAAACUACAUAGCUGCGGGAGCCAGCUGCUCCAAAGAGUGUGGGAAGCUGACUUGGAGGCCUGUCAGCUGUUGAUCCGAGGGUUUCAGCUGAAAGAAACCAGUUGCUGUGUUUUUGAGGAAGAAGAGAACCAAAUGGAUGAGAUGGAGAUGACUGCUGAUGCCCCACCUGAUUGUGAAAAAAGCAAAGAAGGUCACUUUCUAAAGGGCACAGAAUGGGGUGCUGUUUCCUGCCCCAGACACAGAGAGCUGAAAGAGGUUAUAGAAGACAUUUCAUUUGGAACAGAGGGUCAUUUAUCUGAGGAGUUCUUCAUAUUUUCUGCAGAGUUGGGAGGAAAAUGUGAAGCAAUAAGUGAGAAACUGGUGCAUCUGGAAGAUCAAUUGCAGAGUUCUGCCUGCAGAGUUGAUGAAGGACUUUCACAGUCUCUGCAGAGGGAGAUCCAGUUGGUGAAGGAGACACUCCAGACCGUGCUGGUGCAACUUCAGUCAGCCAAGGAAGCAGGAGAAGAAAAGGCUGGAGACUUCCUCUGUGACAGCUGGUGUCCAGGAAAACAAGACUUGAAGGAAUAA